AUGUUGCAAAAUAACGUUCUCUUCUUCGUCAUGGACGAUCUGCGACCCGACCUCAAUGAGGCCUAUGGGCAGACGCAAGUGAUCACUCCAAACUUAGACGCCUUUGCGAAGAGGUCACUCACCUUUGAGCGUGCAUAUGUCCAGUUCUCCCAUUGUUCGCCCUCACGAUCAAGCUUCAUGACAGGGCGCACGCCACAGCAAACUCAAGUCUACAACUUCGUCUCCUCCUUCAGAACGGUUGGCCGGGAUUGGGUGACCCUUCCGCAGUACUUCAAGGACAACGGGUACUACGUGGCGGGUGGUGGAAAGCUCUUUCAUCCAGACAGCAGUGGUCCUCCCCUAAACAACGACCAACCUUUGAGCUGGGACAGCUACUACUUCCCCAACGACCCAGAGGAUAAGAAGUAUGCAUGCAAUGAGUCCACCCAGCUCUACUUUGGGGUGUGUCCCUCCGAGGAAAGCGCUGACUCCUUCUUUGACGCGCAGCUUGCGGCGGCGGCGAUGGAUGAGCUCGUUGUCGCAAGGGAUAGCGGGAAGCAUUGGUUCCUUGGCGUCGGCUUCGAACGCCCCCACAGACCGUGGAACACGCCUCGAGAGUUCUACGACCUCUACCCGAACAGCGGCAAUGCUCCUACGGAUAUCGCCCUCGACUAA